UCUGGGAUGUUUCUCAGAGAGUUAGGGCAACAUCUGGCCUCCUUGAUACACCAGAGGAGAAGGUGGUGUGCUGCUCUUUGAUAGCACAACAUUGCUGACUCACGGCUGGAACCUGGUAGGCCUCUGUGGAAAUCCCCUCCACCCCAUGGGGUCAGUCUGCACACCUCAAAGCUUCUGGCUUAGAUAGUCUGGAGGAAGGAAGGAAAGUGACGGGGGUGAACUCAUAGCCAAGCGACAUACAGUCCUGGAGAGGGACUCAUCUUCACGGCUACCGUACUGUCAGAACUCCCAACCGCUUCCCCGUGGACAUUUGUUGAGAGACAACCAGAGCGAAAUAACCACUGACCAGCAGCGUUUUGCAGGCAGAAGAAGAGACGAUGGCAAGUCGACUCCGCAGCCCCCUGAAGGAACCAGAGAUCGAGCUCUUUGUCAAGGCUGGCUUAGAUGGUGUGAACAUUGGGAACUGCCCCUUCUGCCAAAGCCUCUUCAUGGUCUUGUGGCUCAAAGGCGUCCGGUUCAACGUGACAACAGUUGAUAUGACCAGGAAACCUGAAGAGCUAAAGGACCUGGCCCCUGGGACCAAGCCUCCGUUCAUGGUGUUCAAUAAGGAACUGAAAACAGACUUCCUGAAGAUUGAAGACUUUCUGGAGCAGACUCUUUCACCACCCAAAUACCCACAGCUCACCCCACAAAACCAAGAUUCUAUGGCUGUUGGCAGGAACAUUUUUGCCAAGUUCUCUGCAUACAUCAAGAACCCCCACAAGGAAGCAAACAAAAAUAUGGAAAAGGCUUUGUUGAGAGAAUUCAAGCGCCUGGAUGAUUAUUUAAGCACCCCACUUCCAGAGGAAAUUGACCAAGAUUGUGCAGAAGAUGUGCUGGUCUCCAAGAGAAAGUUCCUAGAUGGGAAUUGGAUGACAUUAGCUGAUUGCAACCUGCUCCCCAAACUCCACAUAAUCAAGAUCGCUGCAAAAAAGUACCGGAACUUUGAGAUCCCCUUGGAGAUGACAGCAGUUUGGCGCUAUCUCCACAACGCCUAUGCCCGUGAGGAGUUCACUGACACUUGCCCAGCUGAUGAGGAGAUUGAACGCACCUAUGCCACUGUGGCCAAGAAGAUGAGCUAAGAGCCAUAUUCCAUUCACGUUGGCUCCUGGCAUUUCCAACUCUCCUUCUCAAGAGGCUUUCAUCAGCGGGUCCUUUUCACCAUGCUGGCUUCAAGAGACACCCCUCACAUUUGCUCUGGACACUCCACCACACUAGACCUCAAGGAGUUCUUCAAACUUUUUUUAGGGAAAAAGAAGUCUCUUCAUUCUGUCUGUUCUGUCACACCUGAGUGCCUUCUUCCCAUGAUGAGUUGCGCAGAAGCACUAUACGUUCCACUUUGUGGUGGCAGAAGUUAAUAACAACUCAUAACCUUUGGACAUAGUUGGUAUGUGGCAGUGGGGGGGGCUGGUGGCCAUUGAGACUAAUAUGGCAGGUAGCUGAGAGGCCAACAGUAGGUGGAGCCAGAGCUGAUGGGUGGGGGCUGGGAAACAUACACCUGUAAAAUGCCUGCUUGGGGCCGGUGAAGGCAAUCAUCACAAAAUGCUGCCAUUUUCUAACCACAACACUCCAGGUUCCCCUUUGGCUCCAUCUCAGCUAACAAGAUUGUGCCCUAACAGUGCUGGUUGCCCGCCCCAGUUAAUAGCUAAUGAUACUGUAUGAGGGUAGUAGCAAUGUUUGCAAUGUAGUCAAAUAUACAGGUAUGUACCAUGCACUGGGGGAAAUAAUUAAAUAUAUCUCUGGCCCUCCUGUGGCACAUUGGGUCAGUGCGUCUGGCUGUUAACCAGAAGGUUGAUGGUUUGAGGCCACCCAGGGACAGCUGUGGUGGCAUCCCUUCCACCUCUACAAUUCUGUGAUUCUAAAGGAUAAAUUUCAGACGAAUAGCUGUGCUAGGUUUGUUGUAGCAAAACAAAAAACAAACACACACAGAUGUCCUUAUGGCACGUUAAAGAUUUAAGGCAUGCAUUGUUGCCUAAUAAAUGCACCUUGGCCAGAGCCCACUUCAUCACACAUAGGAACAUAGGAGGCUGCUUAUUCUGAAAGUUGGGCCAUUGAUCCAUCUUGCUCAGCAUUGUCUGGGAAUGGGUCUUCUAUUUCAGGCAGGAGACGUUCCUAACCCUAUCUCUUCCCAUGAGUGACUCCGGGCAAGCCUUUUGAAAGUAUUGGUACUAAUGCAAGUGGGAGGCAGGCUACCAUUUUCUCAGCUUUGGCCAGGAAGCUAGAGUUGGGCUGCAAGCCAAAGAAGGCAAUAUUAUGCUAAAUAGGUAACUAGUCUGGUCUGUGUCAGCUGACCAUGGUCCCUUAUGCCACAAUAAUGUGUAUUAGUAUUUCAGGUGCCACAAAGGCUGGUGUGCUUGUCUCUUAAGGAAUCUUUUAGCCUUCUUCCAUUGCACUAGAACAAGGAAACUUUCCACUUAAAAAAAUAGAUGUGCCAGUUUACUUUCUAUUAAAAAAACAUUUAUUUUAUAUACAACUUUAUAAUAAACUUUAUUUUAUAUACAACUUCCACAACUUGGCCUGGAUAUGUGUAUGGAAAAUCAUUGCUGGAGACUGCUUGUGUAUGAUUGCUGCAUGUCCCAUGAUGGAGGCAGGGCUGUCUUUAGCAUAUGCGGUGCUGGGCUGCAAAGAUCCGCCCAGCGCCCCCAUCUUGCUGCUGCUGCCACUGCCACCUCCCAAGAAGUAAUAAAUGCUACUUUCACGGAGGAAAGACGGGGGGUAUGUGGCUGAGGG